AUGCACGAACGUACUGAAGAGAAGAAAAAGAUCUUUGAGUUGGCAGGAGGUGGAAAGAAGAGACGUCCUGUAACACUAGCUAGAAAGCAAAAAAACAAAAAAAAACCACCAGGGCUUUGGUCAUCUGAUGAUGAUUCACAUUCGUAUCCAAAGUCGAUCAGCAGUGUGCCACGCUCUGUUGCAUCCGGUGGUCGAACAUUUGUGCCGUCGCUAGGUUCUCUGUCCGAAGUGGAGCAUAGUGACACAGAGGAAUCCGAUCAUGAAGUGAAACCACCUGUUGAACUAACAUGGCGCCAACAGUUUCUUGUGUGUAUUGGUUUGGCCGAUCGGAAGCAGUAA